UGGAGCCGGGCAGCAGUCACUCCCACCAUGGUGCCCGUUUUGGUCUCCGUGAGUCCCUCCCGCCUGGGGCUGUGGGCCUCAGUGCUGGUCUUGGUCUUAGUCCUCCUCAAAUUUGUUAGCCUGCUGCUGCGGAGACAGAUGCUGGCCAAGGCCAUGGACAGCUUCCCCGGGCCCCCCACCCACUGGCUCUUCGGGCACGCCCAAGAGAUGAAGCAGUUAGGAGCCCUGGACAAGGUGGUUUCCUGGGCCAAUCAGUUCCCCCACGCCCACCCGCUGUGGUUCGGGCAGUUCCUGGGUUUCCUGAACAUCUAUGAGCCUGAAUAUGCCAAAGCUGUAUACAGCCGAGGAGACCCCAAGGCCGCAGAUGUGUAUGACUUCUUCCUGCAGUGGAUUGGGAAAGGGCUACUGGUCCUCCAGGGGCCCAAGUGGUAUCAGCACCGCAAACUGCUCACACCCGGCUUCCAUUAUGAUGUGCUAAAGCCCUACGUGGCCAUUUUUGCUGAGUCCACAAACGUCAUGCUGGACAAGUGGGAGAAGAGGGCUUGUGAGGAGAAGAGCUUUGACAUCUUCUGUGACGUAGGCCGCAUGGCGCUGGACACACUCAUGAAAUGUACCUUUGGCAAAGGAGACAGCGGCCUGUGUGAGAGGGACAACGAGUACUACUUGGCGGUCAGCGACCUCACGAUGUUGAUGCAGCAGCGCAUUGAGACUUUUCAGUACCACAAUGACUUCAUCUACUGGUUCACUCCGCACGGGCGCCGCUUCCUGCGCGCCUGCAAGGUGGCGCACGACCACACAGACAAGGUCAUCAAGGAGCGCAAGGCAGCCCUGAAGGACGAGAAAGAGUGGCAGAAGGUGCAGAACCGCAGGCACCUGGACUUCCUGGACAUUCUCCUGGGCGUCCGGGAUGAAAAUGGGGUCAAGCUGUCAGAUGCGGACCUCCGGGCUGAAGUAGACACAUUCAUGUUCGAAGGCCACGACACCACUACCAGUGGCAUCUCCUGGUUUCUCUUCUGCAUGGCCAAGUACCCUGAGCACCAGAGUCGCUGUCGGGAGGAAAUCCGAGAGAUCCUAGGAGACCGGGACACCAUACAGUGGGACGAUCUGGGCAAGAUGACCUACCUGACCAUGUGCAUCAAGGAGAGUUUCCGCCUCUACCCACCCGUGCCCCAGGUGUACCGCCAGCUCAACAAGCCCGUCAGUUUUGUGGAUGGCCGCUCUCUUCCUGCAGGGAGUCUGGUGUCUCUGCACAUCUAUGCCCUCCACAGGAACAGCGCUGUGUGGCCAGAUCCUGAGGUCUUCGACCCCCUGCGUUUUUCCCCUGAGAAUUCAUCUGGACGCCACCCCUUUGCCUUCAUCCCCUUCUCUGCGGGGCCCAGGAACUGCAUUGGGCAGCAGUUUGCGAUGAAUGAAAUGAAGGUGGUCGCGGCCCUCUGCUUGCUCCGUUUUGAGUUUUCUUUGGAUCCCUCUCAGCUCCCCAUCCAGAUUCCGCAGCUGAUCCUGCGCUCCAAGAAUGGCAUCCACUUGCACCUGAAGUCCUUGAAGGCAGGCUCUGGGAAGUAGCUCUGUUGAGAGUAGGGCUCAGACACACUGCUCUGGAACCCUAGACACCACUCUCUUGGGUUGGCUCAUGGGAUGGCUGGGGGCUCCCUCCUUUUGGAAAGCUUGUAGUUUAGAAGAGGGGUAGACACCACUUAAUCUCCUCAAGGGCUAUGCUAUGGAAACAUGUGUGUUUAUUAUCAAGCGGAUUAAAGAGCUUGCUCAUUCAUCC